AAAUACCCUACUCUAAGAGCUUACUUCCCAUUACAUCAUUAAUUUUGUGAAGAAUUAUUGUUUUAAUCAGCUGAUAGUUGAAAGAUUAAUUCACUAAAUCAUGGAGCUUAAGUUUUUGUUAAUUCUUUUGGUAGCUGUUUCUUCUAUACCUUCGGGACAAGGAUGUUUUGGAGGUGGCAAGAAAGAUGAUGAUGAAGCGAGUACUGAAAAAACUGAAGAUGAACCAGUUGAUGACGGACCAGAAAUCUGUAAUAGUCUUCAAGAAUCAUGUAGUGAUGAUAGCGAAUGCUGUGACGGGAAUAUGUGUCAAGGUGGAACUUGUGCUGAAAAAUCUGAAUAUGAAGCAGGUGGCGGUGAACCACCAGGUGGCGGUGAAACACUAGGUGGCGGCGAACCACCAGGUGGCGAUGAACCACUAGGUGGCGGUGAACCACCAGGUGGCGAUGAACCACUAGGUGGCGGCGAACCACCAGGUGGCGAUGAACCACUAGGUGGCGGCGAACCACCAGGUGGCGAUGAACCACUAGGUGGCGGUGAACCACCAGGUGGCGGUGAACCACUAGGUGGCGGUGAACCACCAGGUGGCGGUGAACCACCAGUAAUGUGCAUGGGUGGAGAAGGAAAUGAAUGCAGUGAUGAUAGCGAAUGCUGUGACGGUGACACAUGUCAAGCAGGAGUUUGUGGCAAAUAAUCAGAUGAUGACAUACAAGAAAUUUAAUCGCGCCCCGGAGCAGAAGUAAGCCAUGAAAAUGUUGAUUGACUCACGCACUUGUAAAAAAAAAUUUCACAAAUUUACUUAAAUUUUGAAAAUGUUUAUUUUGGUGUUCUGAUAGCAGUUCUUGCUGUGACGGCGCUACAUGUGACGAAGGAACUUGUUGGGUAUAUUUAUAGAAUUCUGUUUCUUUCAUAAUCCAAAAGAAAAGAAUAGAAAUUUUUAAAAAUAAAAAAAUCCACACUUUUAA